UUGAGUAAAGGGCCUGUAUACAGCAACAGAAAAAGAAACGGAUAAGUUUCCCAUGAUUCCGUAGUUUGUAGUUUAGAGCAGCUUGCCAACUAGGCUACCUAGCGAGCUACAAAAUAGUGGUGUCUCUGUACAAGAGGUUGUUUCCUGUCGGGUUCUGCGCCUGCAGCAGGUGAGAUGGCCUCGCCCUCUCUGGUCGCCAGCCUCGCACCGGGGAUGGGGAAGUCUGCGGCCGUGCUGGGUCUGUCCGCCGGGCUGGGGGGAGCCGAGCUGGAGCUGCAGAAGAUGCUCAUCGACGAGAGGAUCAAGAGUGAAAACCACCGGACCAACUACCAGACCCUGAAGGCCGAGCACACCAGCCUGCAGACGCAGUUCACUCAGGCGCAGGGCGAGGUGAGGCGCCUGCUGAGCGAGAAACAGAGCGAGCAGGAGAGGCUGCAGCUGCUGCUGGCUGAGCUGCGGGCGGAGCUGCUGGACAAGACCAGGGAGCUGGAGGAUCUGCGCCUGCAGGUGAUGACCCCGCAGCGGCUGGAGCUCCUCAGAGCUCAGGUGCAGCAGGAGAUGGAGGCGCCGGUGAGGGAGAGGUUCAACAAGCUGGAGGAGGAGACGGAGAAGUAUCGGUCCGAGUACAACAAGCUGCGCUACGACUUCACCGUCGUCAAGUCCCAGCUGGAGCACCAGAGGGAGGAGCACAGCCGCAUGCUGGAGGAGAGGAGGAUCCUCCAUGAGGCCGAGGUGACCCGGCUGGAGAAGGAACGGGAGGAGCUGUUGGCCCAGUAUCAGGAUUCAGAGGCCCAGUGUGACGGGAAGCGGGUGGAGGCCCUGCUCAGGGAGAAGGCCCAGCUCCACCAGAGGCUCAAAGGCCUGGAGGCGGAGGUGGCCGAGCUCAGAGCCCAGAGGGACUCCUCUGGCCAGCAGGCUGAGAGCGUCCAGCGCAUCCAGAUCAGACAGCUGACGGAGCUGCAGUCUGCAGUCAAGUCACAAGAGGUGGAACGUCAGUCGCUGCGGCAACAGCUGGACAGGAUGGAGAGCGAGCUCCAGCAGAGCCACGAGCAGAACGGCCAGCUGACCGGCAGGCUGCACCGCGCCGAGAGGGAGGCCAGCGCUCUGACCGCUCAGGUCGACAGCCUGAAGCAUUCGCACAAGCUGGAGCUGGCCAGCGUCAGGCUGGAGUGUGCUCGCUCCAAAGGAGACAUGGAGAGGGAGAGGGACGCACUGCAGGGACAGAUGGACGGUCUGCAGGCAGACGUUGAGGUGCUGAAGGCGGCGCUGGAGCGAAACAAGGAGGUUGUGUUGGAAAAAGAGAGAGAGAUGGUGAGGAAGGUGCAGUGCCGAGAGGAGGAGUUCCACAAGAUGGCCGCCUUACACGAGGAGAGGCUGGAGCUGGAGAACCGCCUGGCAGUGUUGGAACAGCAGAGGGCGCUGCAGGACUCGUCGGAUCAGACACUGAAGGAGGAGUGGGAGGAACGACUGCGCAGCGCUCAGCAGGGAGAGGAGUCGCUCCGCAGAGAGCUGCAGAACCUCAGAAACAAACUGCAGCAUCAGAGUUCACAGCUAGAGGAGCGAGAGAGACAGAAAGCAGAGAUUAAUGAGCUGCAGCAGCAGAACCAAGAGCUCAGUGUCCAGCUGGGGGCGCUGUCACGCUCUGAAGGCGAGCUGACAGACGCCAACCGGAGACUGAGGGAGACUCUGGACAGAGUGAGGGAGGAAGCGCGGGCGACCCGGGCCCAGGUGGAGCGGAGCCAGCAUGAGGCAGAGAGGAUGGUGGAGGAGCGGCGGGCCGAGUGGCUGGAGGAGAAACACCGGCUGCAGGAUCGAGAAGCGGAGCUGCAGCAGAAAUACUCUCAGGCUAAAGAGAAGCUGCAGAAAGCAGCAGUGGCUCAGAAGAAGAGGAAACAUCAGACGGAGAACAGAGAGAAGAAGCUGCACAACAAGAUCCAGCUGCUGGAGGCUAAAAUUGAACAGCUGGAGCUGGAAGCUGCUGCCGCCAUAAAGAGACGGUCAUUGUUCUCAGAGGAGCAGGCGCAGCUGAAGCGGAGGCUGAAGGAGCUGCAGCGACGACACGACGAGUUCCGCUGCCUCCUGCUGAGCAGCCAGGGCCCCGCCCUCAUGACCUCCACGCUCCCGCUUGGGGUCGAAGGGCGACUGGCUGCUGACCUGGAGGGAGAGUUCUCUCUGCUGCAGAGGAGACUGGAGAGUCUGGAGAACGCCCAGCAGCAGCAGCUGGAGGAACUGGGAUCACUGGUGCAAAAGGAGCACGACGAACCUCCCAAACCUGACCCCCUGACCAUUGACCCCGUCACUUUGGACUCAUAAACAUUUU